CGCGGCGUUGGAACCACCGCUUUUGAGAAAGCUAUGGCCAGUGUGAUCAUUAGAUUCACCUACUGUACUCUCAACUGCUAAUUUAAUACAUACGGUAUUUGUAAAGUGAUCACCAGAGUCUAAAGGUCAGAAUGAAGUUUCAUUCAUAAGCGCGCUUUGUCACAGCGGAUUGUUUACUAAUUUACAUCUAAAAAUAGACGCUCAAAAAUCCGGUUAUAUAUAUAUAUAUAUAUACCAACCAAUCAGAAUGUAUUUGUGACAAUAUUUUCUCCACGCUGGCAUGUAUUACGUGAAAUAAAUUACGGUUCGUAAAAUGACUACACAAAUUGCAUGUGUCCAGAGAAAUACUGCUUACCUACAUCAUAUAUAAACCAAGCUGUAGUUCUACUCAGCAUUGCAAAUUUAUAUCGCUCACAGAAAAGGCAAAUAAAUAGAACAGCACACACAAGCAACUGCUACGCAGAAUUUUGUUUUAAACGGUACAUAUUUAAUUGACAUCGAAAAAUGGGACUGUUUCUUUCAAGACUGAGUAAAUUGUUUGAGGACUGGGGCACUUCGCAGGCAAGAAUCUUGAUGCUUGGAUUGGAUGCAGCAGGCAAGACAACAGUACUCUACAAGCUCAAACUGAAUGAAACAGUAUCAACUAUCCCUACAAUAGGUUUUAACGUAGAAACUGUAGCACCCGUAAAAGGCCUUUCAUUUACAGUAUGGGAUGUCGGCGGCCAGGAGGUAAUCAGACCGCUAUGUAGGCACUAUUACCCAAAGCUGGAUGGGCUGAUCUACGCCAUUGACAGCGCGGAUCGGGAAAGAAUGUCUGAGGCCCGGAAAGAGUUAUUUCAUGUUCUAGAAAGCGACGAGACGAAAGGAGUGCCUCUCUUAAUUAUAGCCAACAAACAAGAUCUCCCAAAUGCGCUGGAUCGUCCGACAAUUAUUGAGCAACUAAACUUAAACAAGCUCACUAGGUCAUGGCAUGUCCAACCUGCGUGUGCAACUACCGGAGAUGGUAUUAUAGCGGGAAUGCAAGAGCUAGCUGUACUUGUGAAAGGAAAAAAGAAAUAAAAAACACAUGGCUAAUAGAAUUCUAUCAGACAAUCAUAUCAAACGCAAAAAGGUUUGAAAAACACUAGACAGGAUUUGGACACUUAUGGUUCCUGAAUGGUUCUCGGCUUGUAACGAAAAAGUGGCAUCCAAACUCGUCGAAUAUAGGUGUCAUGAAUCUAUGGGAUUUAUUAAGAACAUGGGAACGUGCAGUUCUAUCGAACAAUGCAUCAAGAACCAUGCCUCUUCACACCACGGUACAGAUUUGAGUCUGGAAAACAUUCUGUUGCUAGCAAUAAUUAAAAUAGGUAUCCUACCGAACAUUUAUAUAAGCAUUGCAUUUUUUAUAUUAUGUAUAAAAACAUGAAAUUAUUGUCAUCAUACCUCCCAACAUGUGUUCAUAAUUAAUUCUUUGUCCAGAUUCAUAAUUUUUUAAAUGUAAACCUUUUUAAGUUAUUAAAUUAUAUUUUUGUAUUACUGAUGAUCUGUGAUAAACCUUAAUUAUAUUUUAUUGUUUCUAUGAAAUACAUUUUUCGUACAUAUUGUUAGCGUAAUGUAUAAGCGCAACCAUAGAAAUUAAUAAGAACGAAGAAAAAAAGCAGAAAGUAAACCCCAAUGAUAAUGUGAUUCCCGCGCAAACGCGAGGACGCGUCCAUUUCACGAUAACUGAUGAAAUGAUAAUUCAUAUUGCUUGUACAUUACUUAACAAGUAAAUAUCAAUAUUUGUUUCAAUCUUAGUGUCCCAUAUGUAUACGGCAAAAAGCUCAGUCGGGUAAAAUGCAGAUAACAAUAGAAAACAGCAUUCGUUU